GGUCCGGGAAAACAUCGCGAUAAGAAGAGAGUGGCUUUAGCGAUUCAUCUGUUAAGGGCCUUCUGGAAUGUGAAACUAUUUUUUUAUGGAGCCCAAACAAACCACGAAUUUUAUCUUUUUUUAGCUCUUAAUGCCGCUUCUUGUUGCUCCUCCGUGGAUGUUCACAUAAGGAAGUCACGCAGCCUGUGGGGAUGAGACGAGGCUGGAGCUUUGGGCUAUUGCGGCUUUGGCCUCGGUGACUCUUGGUUUGUUGGCUCGGGAUGGCGCAGGGAGGCUCUCAGCUCGACUACCACAUCCUGCAGGACCUCAAGCAAAGAUUCCCAGAGAUCCCAGAGGCGGUGGUGUCUCAAUAUCUUCUGCAGAACAACAACAAUCUGGACCUAUGCUAUCACUUAUUGGCCCAGGAGAGUAAUCGCUACCUGUAUGAAGACUACAACCACAGUCCGGAUGAGGGCCGGUUAAGUAGAAACAACAUGCUUCACAUAAGUUUGGCCCACCCAGGGUCUGAGGUGAAUAAGGCAAAUGGAGCCGGAGUGGGACGCUCCCUUGUGCACAGCACCAGUGACAGUCAUAUCGACCCCCAGCGGCCCAGCUACCCCGAGCCGCUAUCAGCACCGGCCAACAUGGCCCCUUCACCUGGUUACAAUCCCUUUUUCAUGAACGAUCAGAGCCGCUCGGCCAGCACCCCUACACCCCCGCCCAGUGUGCAGGGCAUGUCUCCCACGUUCUCCCCCGUCCAGCGAUACGCCAUGAACCCGAUUACGGUCACGCUUUCACACAGUAUACCCAAUGUCCCCCAGGCACUGCAAAUACCCCCCGGCCACUAUGCUAACAACAGCAACGCCACCCUAUAUAUCAGACCAUCCCCAUCUCAGAGCCCUCAGCCCGGAGCCUGGUCUUCGUCAAGCACGCCGGUCUAUCAGCAUCAGCAGUCUCCUUACAGUACCCCUACAUAUGUGUCACCUUAUGGUUCCCCGCAGCAUCAGGUCCAGCAGCAGCCCCAGCAGCCCCCCCAGCACCAGCAGUAUGUGUUCCUCCCUAUCAGCUCUCCAACCAUUCCCAACAUGCCCUACCACCACCAGCAGACGCCACCGCCGCCACAGCCUGCAGUCUACCGGCCGUACCACACAAAAGGUUCCAUCAUGAACCAGAUAGAGCUCACGAUGGAGGGACAACGACCUCGCAGUAACUCCCCGGUGCCCAACCCACACCCACAAAGUGCAAUUUACAUGGCCAACAGUCCCUCGCCCAGCUCCCCUUCGAGGGGCAUAGCUAUGACGGCUGUGCCAGGAGCGGCCAACUUCCACCCGGGAAUGUUCUUGCAGCACACUGGCCCAGCAAGACCUCGCCCAGCCUCAUCACCUCAACCUGGCCAAUCUACCUACUCACUGAAGAGCAAGAUGUCUCCAGGGGGUCAACCUCAGAGGCCCCCGAGCUCCCCACCUGUGGCCGAAGCCGAAUCCCUCCUCAAUAUAGUUGACCAUGGAGAGCACAACGCCGCACCACCGCCCAUCCUUCCCAUCUCAGUUUUACCUGGAAACAUCACCAGUCAGUUCCCACAGAUACCACGACGUUCAAGCUCAGGGUCUGAUGACUAUGCCUACACGCAAGCUCUACUGCUCCACCAGCGGGCUCGGAUGGAGCGGCUGAUGAAGGAGCUGCUGACUGAGAAGCAGAAGCUGGAGCACCUGAAAGCGGAGGUCAACAACAUGGAAUAUGAUGUUCUUCAGCGACGCUUCCGGCGUGUCAACACCACUGGCUUAACACCUCGGACUGAGGAAAUGACCCGGUUGCGGAGUUUGAACCGACGGCUUCAGAUUGACAUCGACUGCACCUUAAAGGAGACAGAUUUACUACAGUCCAGAGGGAAGUUUGACCCACAAGCAAUGGAGAACUUUCAUGCCAACCUCCCGCCGGGACCGAUGGUGCCCCCCAAGCCUGGGAAGAAAGACGCGGACAAAAACUCCAAACCUGUGAUAGCGCCUCAGGGGGCGAGGGACGAGGACUUCGAAGGUGCUCACUGGAACUGUGAAAGCUGUACUUUCCUGAAUCACCCUGCACUCAACCGCUGUGAACAGUGCGAGAUGCCCCGCUACUCCUGAGCACUGCAUCCCUUCCCCGACAAUCCUUGGAUGGUUUGGACCCCCUCCCACGCUGCAGAUUCUAGUGAAAUGGUGUACAAACUUUUUUUCCGGCCUGCUGAGGAAGAGUAACCAUCCCUCUUUAUCUGCUGCUCCCUGCUACUACUCCCGUGCACUUUGACCCUUGGACCCAGCGGCCGACAGUAAUUCUUUUACCAGGACAGCCGGAGACUCUUUUAACGAAUGUAUAAAUGAACAUAUAACAAGCUGCGACUUUGACGGUGACCUUGGCUGGAAACAGAGGUCAUGCCGUCUGACGAUGAAGGAGUUUACCUGUGAACAUUCCAGGCAGGACCAGCGACUGCCCUGUUUACACAACUGAAUUCAUUCCUGAGUUGAAAGUGAAGCGGCGUCUGCUUCACUGCUGGACAGCAGAGUGAAGAAUGCGAUGAUAUGAAGGGUCAGAUGAAUGCAAAAUGUAGACUAUACACUGUAUCUGGCUCUGCAUUGGAGCUCCUUUCACUGAGAACACUAAAACACCUGCAUUCAAGUAUAUUCACGGUACUUCUAUGCAUCAAACGGCACCACGUAUUAUGUGUUAAGGUGUCGAUAUUCUGUGCAAACGCCUCUGCUGUACUCAAUAAAGGAGCUGAUCAUGUGACCUGACCAUGUGUCGGUGCGGUAUCCUCUUCAAACACAAACAGGUCUCUCACA